AUGUUGUGUAACGGCAUCCGCUGCUCCAUCACCGACCUCUCGCCCGCAACUGCUCGCAUACUUCCAACCGUCUACCUCUCUCGAGCCGCCAUCUCUCUUUACGAUGCUCAAUACCCACCCAAUGCCACCGCACCAGUGCCCAUUCCCAAGGAGACUAUCAAAAGCGUCAUCAAUGCGCUGCUGCAUUUCAAACUCACCUGUGCCGACUUUGGCGUGCCGGAACACCACGUACGUGUAGUCGCUACGGAAGCAACACGAAAAGCCAUCAACUCUGCCGAGUUCCGCGCUGAAAUACUUGACAAGACGGGAUGGAAUGUUGAGCUACUAGAAAAAGAGGUUGAAGGGAGGGUGGGCGCACAUGGAGUUGCCAGCAGUUUUGCAGACGUGAAGGGUUUAGUCAUGGACUUGGGAGGUGGCAGUACGCAGAUUACGUGGGUGCGGACUCAAGAUGGAAGAAUUGAUAUGUAUGAGAAGGGGAGUGUGAGCUUGCCGUACGGUGCAGCAGCACUCAUGAAAGGGUUGCAGACUGCAGGGGCAUCGCGCCAGAGUGAGGCUUUUGCCAUUUUCGAGAAGCAGGUUAUUGGCGACUUGACGGCGGCAGUAAAGACGAUUGACAUUCCACGGGAUUUGAUCGAGCAAGAGGGGGGACUCUCGCUUUACGUUUCCGGUGGUGGGUUCCGUGGAUGGGGGUUCUUGCUCAUGUCACAACACCAUAUCACGCCAUAUCCGAUCCCCAUCAUCAAUGGGUUCCGGACUUCUGUGGAGUCGUUCCACAAUACGCAGACGGUCAAAGCUGCGGUGAACGGUGAGGAAACUCCGGAUAUCUUCCGUGUGUCUCAGAGGCGGGCUGGCCAGGUGCCUGCGGUGGCUUUCCUGGUGGAUUGUCUGGCAAAGACGCUGCCCAGUGUUACCAACGUGUAUUUCUGUCAAGGAGGGGUAAGAGAAGGAACACACUUCUCGAAUUUGGAUGCUAGUCAGCGAUUGGAAGACCCAUUGGUCACAGCGACGAAGCCAUACGCCCAACAUCCGAUCCAGGGGAUUGUAGAGCUACUCCUUGAAGUUGCCCAAGGUUCGCUCUCUGGACCCCGAGAGACGAUUUUCAGUCUUGCUCUUGUAACAGCGUUUGCACAAGCAAUGUAUGUUCAUGCAGCUUUUCCCAAGGACCUUUCUGCUGGAGCAGCACUUCGCAGUACAACAACGGGUUUCUUCGCUGCAGCUCAUGGGAUCAGUCACGAACAACGUGCUCUACUCGCUAUUCUCCUCUGCGAACGAUAUGGCGGAUUUGGCUCGAUAAGUCCAACGGAGCAAGAUUUCUAUCAUCGGAUGAUGCAAUUGCUACCGGAUGGCACGUUUUGGCGAUGCUUAGUGUUUGGUCGCAUCGCUGGCGUGUUGGCCAAAGUUCAUCCAGCUGGUGUAGGAUCGGAAAAGCGAGUCAAAUUGGACACUAGAUGGGAAACAACAAAGAAAGGAAACGAGAAACUAUGCAUUGAUUUUGGCUUUACGCAAAAGAUUGACGAGCUGGAUGAAGCACUGCACGGGGCGCUAUUGAAGGUGGGAAAGGCUGGGAAGAAGAAGCACUGGCAGGGCGCAGAGGGCCAUAAAGUGCAGGUUACGGUCAAUGGGAAAGAGUAUAGCGAAGAGUGA